GCGGGAAACAACAGCGUGUGCGGUUAACGGAAGGCCGCCUGCUAUUGUGCGAUAAUAGUUAGAUCUCCUCUAAAGAAAAUAUUGUUACGAGACCUUGCACUGCGCCAUGGAUGUCGCAGACCUUCGAACUGGACCCGUGCAAGUCAAAGAUGACAUUGGGGACCGCUGCCAGAAGUUGUUUCAAGAUUUUCUCGAAGAGUGCAAGAAUGAACGGAAUGAGGUCAAGUACGUUGAGGAAGCGAGGAAUCUGGUGAAGCCAGAGCGAAAUACGCUGGAAGUGAGCUUUGCCGACGUUGAGCGCUUCAACCAGAACCUUGCUACUGUCGUCCAGGAAGAGUACUAUCGUGUGUACCCCUACCUGUGUCGUGCCUUACGCAACUUCGUCAGGGAUCACGCUGAAGUGAAUGUCGAGAAAGAAUACUAUGUCAGCUUUGUGGAUGUGGCCACGAGACACAAGGUGCGAGAGUUAACAACCGCUAAGGUUGGCAGCCUGCUGAAGAUCAGUGGCCAAGUUGUGCGUACCCAUCCGGUGCACCCAGAGCUUGUCAGUGGCACGUUCAUCUGCGUCGACUGCCAGACAGUUGUCAGUGGCGUGGAGCAGCAGUUCAAAUACACGCAGCCGACCAUCUGUAGAAACCCUGUGUGCCAGAACAGGACACGUUUCAUUCUCGACACAAACAAGUCGACAUUUGUGGAUUUUCAGAAGGUUCGCAUUCAGGAAACGCAGGCCGAACUUCCCCGAGGAAACAUUCCACGCAGUGUGGAGGUUAUUGUACGUGCAGAGGCAGUUGAAGUCGCCCAAGCAGGUGACAGGUGUGAUUUCACAGGCACACUCAUUGUAGUCCCUGAUGUCAGCCAGCUAACCACACCAGGUCUGCGCACUGAAAGUUCUGCCCACCACAAAGGCAUGGAAGGUUUUGAGACUGAGGGAGUUCGUGGCCUGAAGAAUCUUGGUGUGCGUGAGAUGUCCUACAGGCUUGCCUUUCUGGCCUGCACUGUCGAGCAGACCAACCCCAGGUUGGGAGGCAAGGCAGCAUCAGCGGAAGAGUUAACUCCGGAAGCCAUGAAGCAGCAGUUGACCCCUGAGCAGUGGGACCGCAUUUACGCCAUGAGCCAAGACAAGAACCUGUACCACAACUUGAUCGCAAGCUUGUUCCCCACUAUUCACGGCAAUGAUGAGAUCAAGCGUGGUAUCCUGAUUAUGCUCUUUGGCGGAGUGCCUAAGACAACGGAGGAAAAUACCACCCUGAGAGGUGACAUCAACAUCUGCAUUGUGGGGGACCCCAGCACAGCCAAAAGCCAGUUUCUCAAGCAGGUGUCCGAGUUCGCACCGCGAGCGGUGUACACAAGUGGCAAAGCAUCAAGUGCAGCCGGUUUGACAGCAGCCGUUGUUCGUGAUGAAGAGUCCCAUGAGUUUGUCAUCGAAGCUGGUGCACUCAUGCUUGCUGACAACGGUGUCUGCUGCAUCGACGAGUUUGACAAGAUGGAGGUUCGAGAUCAGGUGGCCAUUCAUGAAGCCAUGGAGCAGCAGACUAUUUCUAUUACCAAAGCUGGUGUCAAGGCAACUUUGAAUGCACGAACGUCUAUCCUGGCGGCAGCCAAUCCAAUCGGGGGUCGUUAUGAUCGUACCAAGUCACUGAGACAAAACAUUGCAUUGUCACCCCCUAUCAUGUCACGCUUUGACCUUUUCUUCAUCUUGGUAGAUGAAUGCAAUGAGGUCACCGAUUACGCAAUUGCACGGCGCAUCAUAGAUCUGCACUGCCACCAUGAAGAUAGCCUCGAGAAGAAAUACAGUCAUGAAGACAUUCAGCGUUACAUUCAGUUUGCACGGAUGUUUAAGCCUAAGGUCAGCACGGAGGCACGGGACUACCUCGUGGAACAGUACCGGCAGCUACGACAGCGUGAUGCCGGAGGCCUGUCGAAGUCGUCGUGGAGAAUCACUGUGCGGCAGCUGGAAAGCAUGAUUCGCAUUGCCGAGGGCAUUGCUCGGAUGCACUGCUCGGACCAGGUUCUUCCCAAGCACGUGAAGGAGGCGUAUCGUCUACUCAACAAGUCCGUCAUUCGUGUGGAGCAGCCAGAUAUCCACCUCUAUGAGGAAGAAGAGGAAGAGAAUGAGGCAGAAGGAGGAGAAAACGCACAAGACGCCAUGGAAGUUGACGAGCCACCUGUCAACGGCGUUGCUGGGGAUGCACCAGGUGAUGGAGACGAUGUGAAUGACAUUGGUGUCAUCCAGCCUAAGCAGAAGAAGGAAGAGAGUGUCAAGAAAGCGCAUCUGACAGCUGCUCAGCAGAAGGCUCUGACACUUUCAUACGAGGACUACAAGAGAACUGCUAACCUGCUUGUUUUACACCUGCUGCGUGAGGAGAGUCGAAUGGAAGCUGCGGAGCAGGAAGGGGCAGCAGCUGACGAUGAAGGUGGUGUACGGCGCAUGGAUCUCAUCAACUGGUACCUGAAGGAAAUUGAGAGUGAAAUAGAGACGCAGGAAGAGCUCAUCCAGCGCAAGACCAUUGUGGAAAAAGUAAUCGACCGACUUGUCCACCGGGAUCACAUUCUUAUCGCACUCUCCAAGAGUGGCCUGAAAGGUGCUGAAGCGGACGGUGAAGAAGACGAAAACCCAAUCUUGGUCGUUCACCCCAACUUUGUCCCUGAACUGUCGUGAGGAGCUCUGCUCAGGCUUGCCCGCAUUAUUGUCGUUAGCCUGUGGCACUGCCAUACCGUUCACACGCAGCCAGUUGUUCACGUGUACAAAGUGUAUAUAUGUACUUUACCACAUAUUGCCCAUGGACUUCCAAGAAAACUGGGGCUCAGCAUCCUUAUAUUUUUACAUGCAUUUGCACUUUUUAGGGCAUUAAUCGUGGCUAGUAUCUACGUUUAGCAACCCAGUGUUUGUCAAAACUGGCGUUCUUGUCAGUGAGCUUUUAAAAAAUUACAUUUUGAAUUCAUAUACAAUACUCUGCUUUUCGCACUAUCGUUUCAUAACUUUAAACAUAACCUGC